CGAAUAAAUAAUAUAUUUUCUCUCCUUCGGUUCCUCGGUAAAGUAGAACCGAACUAGAUCGAUUUUUCAUUUUUCUUUUAUUAUUUGGAGUGGGCCUGUUGUGGUCGUUAUCAAAAUGGGUAAAAUAAUGAAAUCUGGUAAAGUCGUAUUGGUCCUUGGAGGCCGAUACGCUGGAAGAAAAGCAGUAGUCAUAAAAAAUUACGAUGAUGGGACGUCAGAUAAACAAUAUGGACAUGCCGUGGUGGCUGGAAUCGAUAGGUACCCUAGAAAAAUCCACAAACGUAUGGGCAAAGGAAAAAUGCACAAGAGGUCCAAAAUCAAGCCCUUCCUUAAGGUGCUCAACUAUAACCAUUUGAUGCCUACAAGAUAUUCAGUGGAUUUGACUUCGGACUUGAAAGUGGCGCCCAAAGACCUCAAGGAUCCAGUGAAGAGGAAGAAGAUUAGGUUCCAAACCAGAGUUAAAUUUGAAGAGAGAUACAAGCAAGGAAAACACAAAUGGUUUUUCCAGAAAUUGAGGUUCUAGAUUCUAUAAAUUUAACCAUUUUGUAAUCCACCCACCUUUUUGUUCAAAUAAAUUGUGGAAAAAAAAACAUUUUUAA